AUAUUUUGUAAUUAGUCGGAUAUAUUAAAAUACGCGUUCAGAUAUUCAAAUUAGAAUAGUCAUAUAGUCACGCGGUUAUAAACAAUUCGGUGUAUAAAUUGUAAGUCACACAGAAAAAGAAAGAAACGAAACGAAACGAAUUAUGGAUUUGAAGAAAGCAUCUUUGUUUUUAUUCCUUCUUCUCUGUCUCCACCUGCAACUGCAACACCACUUUGCUCACGCGGUCUCGCGAUCUUCAACAAGUUUAGCCUUCGUUGAUCCAAACCAUGAUGAUCUCCCGUUUCAAGAAGUAGAAUUGAAGCCAGACGGUGACGUAAUCGAAGCCAAUUUACCGAAAUUAACAGUCGUUGUUAAGAAAGGCGGCGGAGGAGGAGGCAGAGGUGGAGGCGGUUUCGGCGGAGGGGGACGCAGUUUCGGCGGAGGAGGGAGUUCUAGCAGAGGCGGUGGAGGAAGUUCUAGCAGAGGCGGAGGAGGGAGUUCUAGCAGAGGAGGAGGAUUACGUCCGAUUCCGAUUUAUGGCGGUGGAACGCACCGCAGUGGUCAUCAUUCAAGCGGCGGCCGGGAAACUGCUAGUGGUUGGUUAGGUCUAUCGAUUUUAGCCGGUUUAGGUUUGGUUUUUUAAAGCUUCUAUAUUUGAUUUACCGGUUUAGGUUAAAUGUUUGAUGCCGGUUUUGCUUUCCACUGGUUUGCUCUCUGGAUUUUAUCAGAAGUUUGUUAGGACUAUUUCGGUUUAGGAUAAAUGUUUGAUGCCGGUUUCAGUCCGUAAAUAAUUCGAUUA